UUUACAUGCACAACAUACCUUGCCUAAUACUUUGCUUUGUGUAGAUUUUUCCUGUCGCAACUCUAUCUUGCAGACACCUCGCCUACUGCUGAUCCUGGCCAGAAUAGCUUGUAACAAGUGCGACGUCUCUUGAGCGGCCAACAUCAUGUCUUCGACGUCAAAUUCGAUCAAGCUGCUUAGCGGCAAUUCUCAGCUUGGUAUCGAGAUUGCAAAGACCUUGAGCUUGAACUACUCGAAUCAAGAGACAAGUGUCACUGUGGGCGAGUCUGUUCGCGACGAAGAUGUGUUCAUCAUUCAGUCAACCAUGCCCGGUGACAUAAACGAUGCUCGCCAAGAUAAGAAGGAUAGGUCACGAGCCCCUAUCUCGGCCAAGCUUAUCGCGUGAGUUUAUACAAACGGCUGGCUGCAAUCAUGUCAUCACGAUGGACUUGCACGCGUCCCAAAUCCAGGGAUUCUUCAACAUCCCUGUGGAUAACCUAUACGCUGAACCCUCUGUACUGCGUUGGAUCAGGGAAAACCUGCCCGUCGAGAAAUGUGUCAUCGUCUCGCCUGACGCUGGUGGAGCAAAGCGAGCGACUUCCAUUGCGGACCGUCUAGACCUCGGUUUCGCCCUCAUUCACAAGGAGCGUCCACGACCCAACGUUGUGGGGCGCAUGGUUCUUGUUGGUGAUGUCAAGGACAAAAUUGCCAUCCUGGUCGACGACAUGGCCGACACGUGCGGCACUCUGAGCAAGGCAGCGCAGACUGUAAAGGACCACGGAGCAGCAGAGGUGGUUGCAAUUGUAACCCGUAAUUUUGAGCGGAAACGCCAUUGAGAACCUCAACAACUCGUGCCUGUCCAAGGUCGUCGUUACAAACACUGUACCACUGGGCAACAAAGUUGACAGGUGCCCGAAGAUUCGUGUCAUUGAUGUCUCAGCAACCAUUGCAGAGGCUAUCCGGCGUACACACAAUGGAGAAAGUGUCAGCCAUUUAUUCACUCAUGUGCCUGUCUGAAGUGCCAAAAAGUCUAGGCAGGAUGUUUGACCUUCCUAGGUACUAUGAAUUAUGAGUAUUUGACUCUAUGUGCGGAAGAACUCCUCUAAAUUUUGACAGGCUACGAUGUAGCUUAAAGAUAGUGCCCACAGCCGGCAGAGGAUGGAUGCGAAAUAAGCAGUUGGAUCACAAGAUACCUUGCAUACCUAUAUUUCUUUCAUGACGCACGUUCCCAGUAUGAAAAGCCUGGCCGAGUUUGCCUCAAAGUUUAAGGGGCCACUUAUAAAGAAG